UCGAGGCGCACGCAUGCGCACUACGAUGUGAAAGUCAGCCACGCUUGUCAUUGCCACAUCCAUUCGAACAGCAGUAAUCUGUUAUUCAGGGCGUAAGUAGAACCAGAACCAUGGCUCCAGGUGGACGACAGCUUUUGUGGAUGGCUUCCGUCUGCUGGAUUGCAUCACUAAUGAGUGGAGCUGAUGCACAGCAUCUGAUCGCUUACAUCUCGCAAAGAGGUCUUCAUGGAGAGAUCACUUUUCGGCAAAUGAAUGCCACCACGGUGGAGAUCAAGGCCAACCUGGAGGCCACCUUGCAGUACCCCGACCAAGUAUGGAGUUGGGGAGUACGUCGUUUCCCCGUGGACUACUCCAAUACUGAUCCAGACGAACGCUGCGAACUGAGUCGCUUGGGAUCGCAGGUCCUGUCCUUUGACGAGGACUUGGAGUACCUGGUACUGCCCGGAAAUGAGACCUCCAGCUGGGAGCGAAACAUGCAGUUGAUUGGGGAUCGGGGAAUCUGGGGGAAGUCCCUGGUUCUGACAGAGGUCAACGCCAAUGCACGGAUCUGUGCCACCAUUACCACUAUCCAGAGUUCCGUGGAGCACAUGGCAGAGGCUCGAUUUAAUACUCCUGUGGCUGGAUCCGUCCAUUUCCGCUGGCUGGCCCCGGCGGAGGGAGCUGUGGGGGAUACUCUAAUCUACUCGGAUCUUUACCAUAUUAGGGCGCAACCAGCUGUUCUGGAGGAAGAUAGAAGUCAAGCUGGACCGUUCACCCAGCACCACUGGAAGAUCUAUGUGACGGACAUCUUCAAACAUGACCACCAUCGCACGGAGGACAACUGCAACUUCCUGCAGCAGGUUUUCGAUCCCCAGGGAAGUGGAGCGGGCAAGGGAAUAGGUGAUCUGGACGCACGUCUCGGCAGGAUUGGAGUGGCCAAGAAUGCCCUCCGUUCGCCACAACGCAGCGUUUUUAGGGAUGCUCAGUUGGCCCUGCUGCCCUCGGAUCUUACCAUUCCCCAUAGAACUCUUUACCUGGUUCUUUUUGACAACCAACAUCCAGAUUCGUACCUCGCGUGCACCAAGAUCCGCCAUGUCCAACCUUUGACACAUAAAACUUUCAUCAAUUCUGGUGGGGUCAAGGGAGAGGUUACCUUCAUGCAGCGCUCCAAGUUCGACCCAACUUUCCUCAAUUUCACCUUGGGAGCACCGCUUUCCCAGCAUGUGAGUCGCAAGUUCGCCGAAGAUGUGGCCGCCUUUCGGAUUCACAGUCUGCCGCCGGUGCCUUCGAGGAUGGGUCACGAGGACUACUGCCUGACCACUGGGGACAUGCAUAAUCCCCGGGAGAUAAACGAGAACAUACCCCCACCCGGUUAUGGAACCCAGGAGCAGUAUCCCGUGGGCGAUCUCUCCGGGAAGCUACAGGGUCGCAAUAAAGGUUAUUGGCAUCAGUAUGUCUUACCAGGAACGAGUUCCGAGUUGAAUGGCCUCUACUGGGACGUAUUCCUGCCCCUUCAAGGUCGUCAUAGCAUUGCCCAACGGAGUCUGGUCAUAUACACCUUCAAUCGAUCUAAUGUCACUAAUAUUACGAAGAUGAUUUGGGGCUGUUCGAGCCUAAGUCAAUAUCAACGAAAUGGCAUCUACCAGCAGAACAUGGUUACGGCUCAGGUCCUUUUCCGCUAUCCUGUGGUGGGUCGAGUCAUAUUCCGGCAGACGGCGGAGCAGCCUUGGCAGGAUACCACCGUUUUAUUUGAGUACCUCAUCCAGGCGGAUGGAUCUACGCAGAAUACCACCCACGAUCAUCGUUGGGCAAUCCACAGCAAUGCGCCUGGAAAGGACUUCUAUGACUGGCAACAGAGAUGUAUUUCCGCUGGACCUGUAUAUAAUCCAUUCCGAGUGGAUUGGGGCAAUCGCAGUGUGGAUGACUUCUGCCGACCCAGUUUAGCCUCCAUGUGCAGAGUGGGUGCCAUGGAUGCCAGAUCGGGAACCCUAACCAUCGCUGGAGGCAGAAGAGUUGCCCAGAAAAUAAGUAGGAAAAUGUUUGUAGAUGGCAAUCUUCCGCUGUCCGGAAGACAUAGUAUCCUGGGUAAGUCUCUUGUUAUCUAUGAGGAUAGUGGACCCAAAGCCAGAGGAGAGCGAUUGGCUUGUUCGGCCGUGAUUGGACACUUCCGGAGGAAAGUGGUGGCCAAGGAGUGGUACGCAAAUGGAGAUUCGUUGACAGUCAGCGGUCGGGUGGAGAUCACCCAGCAAUCGGAGUAUGAUGUCAGCAAUGUGGAGGUGCAACUUAAGGGACUUCAGGAUAAUUCAGGAUAUCACAUCCAUAGGACACCCGUGGAAGCCAACUUGGCGUUUCCCUGCGAGGCAUCCACUCUAUAUGGUCACUGGAAUCCUUUCGACGUCAGUCCAAAGUCAUCACCUCCUCCUAAAAGGGGAACCACAGAUCAGUACGAGAUGGGAGAUCUGAGUGGAAAGUUCGGAGGUCUUGAGGGAGUAAACCAGUUCGAGGAUGCCUAUAACGACACGAAUCUUCCACUUUUUGGAUAUAACAGUAUCAUUGGAAGAUCUGUGGUUAUUCAGAAGAAGCAGAAGAAUGCCCGAUGGGCCUGCAGUACUCUGGAGCGUGGCUACAGUCCCAGUGAGGCUAGGGAACUGAGAGCCAUUGCCUCGUUUCAUCAUCCCACUGGAUACGCCUAUGGUUACAUUAAGAUGACGCAGCUCAUCCACAACGAUGGUAGCCAGUCGGAGACGGUGAUCGAGGUUAAGCUACGGCAUCCGGGCAAAAACGACCGGAACUCCACGAGAAACCACAACUGGCAGAUCUUCGUUAAUCCUGUGGGCGUUGAUGCAGCCGUAAAGCCCACAAUUACGCGUUGUGUGGCUGGAGGAUAUGUUUGGAAUCCAUACUAUACCCAGCUGGCGGAUCCCCUCAAUCUGGAUCUCUAUGAGCAGGAGUGCAGUCCGGAUAAUCCUUUGCGCUGCUACGUUGGCGAUGUGGGCGCCCGUUUGGGAACAAUAGAUCUUGGAGGUGAACGCGUUGUCCUGACCGACUCCAACUUUCCCCUGGAAGCUCCCGUGGGAGCUAUUGGGCGUUCUAUUGUGAUUUUUGGACCAGAUCACUCCCAUGAGCGAUUUGCUUGUGCGAAUAUAGAACCCGAUCAUAACGUCAUUAAAUACAUAAACCUACAGAAGCCGCCUCGAUUCGUCGUUGCCCAGUUUCUGGAUGAGUUACGAUCGGUGAUGGGCAUUCCGGAAUGGAUGUUGGAUGUGGAUGCGCGUAAGACCAAGGAACUCCAUGGUGGAGCCUGCAUCCAGAUGAUCAUCCACUUCAAGGGGCCUCUGGCCCACAGAUUGGAGUUGGAUAUGUCUCGAUUGAUAGCCGCCGGAAGAUUGGAUGCCCCUAGUCUGUUCAUUCCCGGUUAUGUAAACCAAAAGCGAAAGGCGACCAUAUCAUAUCGUACCUGUGGUGUGAGGGAUACCAAUGAAAAACGCACCAAGAACUUCAAGGGUGGCUUUUACUCCUCAAGCUCAGCUCCAACCGAACCAAAGCCAUUAGUAUUAGCUUUCGUAGUCAUUGGCUUAGCCUUUAGGUUCCUCUAACUCGACUUUAUAAUGUAAUUUUGUUAAAUACUCAAAUCGAUGUAAAGUAUCAUAGAAGUCACUAGUUUAGCGUCUAUGUUUUUGUAAAUUAUUGUACAUUUUAUGAUCUGCAGAAUACGCACUUUCUGCACCUUUCAAUGUAUUCGUAGUUAUUAAAUGUUGUCAAAUCCCUGACUGUGAAAUUCCUGAA